AGAGCCGCUGCUGCAGUUCACAUUCUGCCUCUAUCUGUCACUUUCAAUCUUUAAAACCAUUUGCAUCCAAGAAGCGAAACAAAGACAUUUCCUCAUGACUUGAGCUGUGCCACUCAAGCCCAACUCCUGACAAUGAGCUUCUUUGGAAAACUGAAGAACCUACACAGUGGGCCUCCAGCUCCACCCAGAAGGACUGACAAUAAUGCAAAGUUUGCAUGGCCUCCAGAUGAGUUUGACGAUGAGGAGGAAAGUGACAUGUAUGAAGCACCUCCCUGUGAACGAACAGUUAAAGUCCCACAGAGACAAGUGGAAGAAAACGUCUAUUUGGAGAGGACUUCCAACCCAGAUGUUCCUCAGAGGCAGGUCGCUCCUCCUCCCAGGCUGAGCAAACUUUCGACGAAACGUUCCGAGGAGUUCUUCCCUGAUUCCCAAACCAAGAAACCUCCUGAAGUGGACCGAAAUGAGAAGCCAGGGAGGAAGAAGAAGAUGCCUCCACCACCAGUGCGACCCGGUCCAGUCUCUGCUCCCACUGUUGCCCCUGCAUCCAACAUCGAAGAAGAUGUGUAUUUAGAUCCAAAUGAAGAGCAGGAGGAUUGUGAUGAUGAGCUGUACUUAGAACCGACAGAGGCUACCUUAGCCUGCUCACCUCCCCCCCGUGGACCAAAAACGAUGCCUCCAUCUCCCAAAACAGCACUUCCUUCAGCCACACCUAUGAUGAAGCCUCCGGUCCCCAGAGCUAAGUCUAGCUCACUCCUUCCUUCAGUCAAUGAGGUUAAAACAGGUCCGCCAGUUGAAGCAAGGUGGAAUACAUUUCCCACCAAACUUCCUCCUCCUACUCCUAAUGUCAAACCUCUUCUACCUGCAAACCUGAAAGAAGCUAAAAGCAGUCCUCAGAAUCCCUCUGUGACAGACAUUAAGGCAGUGGCCUCUUCUGCUGGACUGAGGGUAAUCAAACAACCUGAGAAUGAGAGCAAAGAGUGGUUUGCUGGAGACUGCACCCGGAAGAUGGCUGAGGAUCUCUUAUUUAGUGUCAAAAAGGAUGGUGCCUUCCUCAUCCGACACAGUUCAUCCCAGAACUCGCGGCAGCCGUACACUCUGGCAGUGCUCUAUCAGGAGAAGGUUUACAACAUCCCCAUCCGCUUCCUGGAAGACACACAAGGCUACGCUCUGGGCAAGGAGGGCAAGAAGAACGAAGAGAUUUUUUGCAGUCUUGAUGAGAUCAUUUCUCACCACAAGGAUAACCAGCUGCUUCUGAUUGACAGCAAGAGCCAGGCCAAGCACACAGCGUAUUUAACUCACCCCGCACGGCCUUAGCGUGAUAAUACCACAAACUUCUGUCACACUGUAUUUAAACAAGUCAUAUGAAGAUAAUUGCAUAACUUGACAAUCAUGUAAAACUUCUAUAUAUCAUUCAAAAAUACUGUAUGUAUAUGACUGUAUAGUUCUGUGCAGAAAGUAAAAAAAUGUCCAUGCUGUCUGUGAACUGAAAACAUUUCAAGCAUUUAAUGCAAUGACAUUUUGUCAGAGCAGGAGAUAGGAUGUCAGUCUGACAAGUGAAUCAUCCAAGAUACCAAGACAAAGCUGCUGUAAACAUCUUAAAUCCAAAACAAGACAUAGAGUUCAUUAAGUCAUCUGGGGCUGACUGAGCAGUUUUUCUGCUUUGCAAUGUGCCAUCACUUUACUGUUAAUUGCAAAACAUUUACUGACUGACCUCUAAUAAAAACUAAAUGUGUCACUGUUACUGUAAAACUCCACUCAUGUCAACGGUUUGAAAGAGAAAUUAUUUUAAAACUGUCACAUCGUUGCAUGUCAUUACCUGUUUCACAUAUAAACAGUAUGUUUCUGCUGUAUGCCAGAAAUGAUAAAAUAUAUUACACUAUAUAUUUGUGUCUACUCCUGUACCUAUAACCUCCUCUUUAUCUCCAUUAUCAGGGUAUUUUGUGAUAAGCCUCUCAGAUUAACAUCUGAUUAAAUGUUUAUUGUCAUGAGGAGUAUCAGUCUGAUACAUGUUUUUUUCCUAGUUUAGUUUUACGACUUUGAGUUUAAAUAUUUUGUGUGUUAUUAUUUUGUGAUUUUUAUAAAUGCUGUGCAAUACAGAUCCAAUACUCAA